AUGGUUUGGACCCAACUCUACACUACCCGGGGAUUUGGUGUCCGAAAAGGCCAAAACAUAUCACACCGUGGCGAUAAUCCUAACGGAGAGAUCAAUGAAUACGGUUUUAUUAGUUGUGUUACUCCCGAAACGGACGGGGAUUAUCAGGAAUAUAAGUGGGAGUUCACUGAAAAACCUGGACAAAUAAGCACGACUACAACGACCACAACCAUCACUACUAUUACUACUACUUGCCUCAACCACCAGUUGCAAGAUAUCAAAGAUCAUCACCAGUGGAAUCAAGACAUUUGGAUGAUAUUUAUGACUAAAGCGACAAUAUUAUAG